CCUUCUGUAACGAAUGGGGAACUUGACAAGACAGUUUCCCUAACUGGACAUCAAAAAGCCAUGUUCAAAUCCAUGACCAAAUCAUUGUCGAUUCCUCAUUUUGGAUACAAGGAUCAGUUUGAGUUGGACGCUGCCGCCAACUAUCGCAAGGUCAUAACAAAGUACAUAUCGCAGCAUCCAGAUCGAUUCUCCUUUACCAAGAUCUCUUAUAUGCCUAUCUUUAUCAAGUCUCUAUCUGUUGCCCUUACUCAUUAUCCCAUUCUCAACGCUUGCUUGAUUACUGGCGAUGAUCCAACCGAUGCUAACAAGGUUCAGAUCAAAUACCGUGGUUCACAUAACAUCGGGCUUGCUAUGGAUACCCCUCAGGGACUUAUUGUGCCUAAUAUCAAAAACGUACAAAACAAAUCUAUUUUGGAAGUAGCUGAGGAUCUUAAUAGGUUGGUGGAGCUGGGUAGAAAGAAUGCCAUUCCUCCACCAGACUUCAAGGAUGGUACUAUUACGUUGUCGAACGUCGGUACAAUUGGUGGAACAUACGCUAGCCCAGUCCUUGUAACUUCUGAGGUAGCCAUAUGUGCUUUGGGAAAAACACAAACCCUUCCAAGAUACAAUGAAGAAGGACAAGUUGUGCCAAAGAUGAUUAUGCCUGUGAGCUGGUCUGCCGAUCAUCGAGUGGUUGACGGAGCUACUAUUGCUCGAUUUGCUAAUCUUUGGAAGCUAUAUAUUGAACACCCUGAACUUCUCGCUAGUGAACUUCGAUAAUAGUAGAUUUUAUUAUUUAGAGACAUAAAGCAAUUUUGUUUUUUAUGAAGGGCAACUGAUUUCAAUGGG